ACCCUGAAGCAAAUGGCCAUCUACCGUGUCAGCAUUGUCCAGUACGAAGAGUCCUACCCGUUUGAGUCGUAGUUAUGUGAGUCGUGUGAGCCCGCGUGAUACCAGCUUGCAGGAACCUGAAAAUCAGGGACAGGCAGUAACCGGCACAUCGUAGGACCGGAGUUCAAGGUCAAGAUCCGAUGUCGGGAUCGAUAUGGAGUUUAAUACACUCGGGCACCCAUGCAGACCGCGCCGGGGGGCAGCUCGGACGAUAGACUAGAAGAUAGCCAAGGCUCCUCAUCUUCUUUUCUUCCUUCGUUAGCGUCGUGAAAGUUCAUCUCAAAUUUCGGAGAUGCGUGUGAUCCUUGAAGGCGGGGGAUUUGAGUCAGUGGCUUCACCAUCGAUGGCGCGGCAGAUGAGUUUUGGUGGAUGGCAAGAUUUUCUUGUGGAAAGUUUUGCUCCCUACCCAGAGGCUUCCCAUAUAUCGGGUUUUCCCCCCAAGAUUGCGAGUGAGAGACCUGUUGAUGAAAACACGACACACUACCCUCGGGUCUCGUGGCCCGAGGUCGUGCACCAGGACACAAAUUGGCCGGAGAGCUUUGAUUAUGUUGAGGAGGCACAAGCGACCGGGCCAGGCCGAGCCAGGCCGGGCAAGGACCCCCGGCCGGACUCCUUCCAGCUUCAUCCUACCGGCGAUCCGGAGGGUGGGCGACAGCGUUCAUGUCUUUGGUUCACGGCCCGAAGCAUAAUGUGGGAUGGUCCGACGUGGUUUCAACGUCUCAAUGUCCGACGCUCAACAUGGGGUGAGACUCGUUUGUUGACGCUUAAAACCGCCGAUCCAAUCUUGGACUUCCAAAACGGCCGUUCGGGGGCCAUUGCUAGUUGUAGGCUAACCACAACACGGCAGGAAUGCGAAUGCCAAACCUGAGAAAGUCCAAUUACCCUCUUCCGUGUGCGCGCGGCAACCGCCAACAUCUUGUAAUCAGCUUAGCCGCCGUCGACCCCAUGGUCACGUCCUCCCUGCUGCCCUCCUCGGCUAACUCGCGUAUCGUCUUCGGGUAAGCCUGCUGUAGCAGGUCGAGCAAUGUUAGUCAUCCUGUCACGAAGUUCCAUGGUAUGCAGCCGGCGUGAUCUGG